AGCCCAUAAUACUACCUCCUUGACUGACUGCAAAACUCUCUGGAGCUUCAUAAUGCUGCUUUCUCUAUGCAUAUCAAGUUUGGAAAUAAAAAAAAAAAAGUGUGAACCUUGAUUCAAACAGCGACUCGCUUCGCUGAAACCGAAGGGGAAUCCCACAUGGAGUUGUAAUGCAGAGUGCGGAGAGCUCGACUCUACAUCUGGGAGGGGUCAGGAGGUUAUUGAUAUUGUAAGACUGUGGGGACUGCUGGAAACGCAUAAAUAGCUGGAAGACACACAGUAAUCUUGCAGUCUUCCUUUCUAUGCCCGGGCACAGGUGACCUCCACUCAGCUCUUCUGCAGGAAACCUCAUCUGCCUCUGCAAAAUCUAACCAACAUGGAAAAGAUGACAUCUCUGAGAGUGAACUGCUGGCUGACCGUGACUCUGGCCCUGCUGAGUGGAGUCCCUGCAAUGCCGGUGGAUGUGGACCGCAUGUGCACGGCCCCUUCCACGGCUAAGUACCGACUGACGUUUACUGGCCAGUGGACACAGACUGCCUUCCCCAAGCACUACCCUCUGUACAGGCCACCUGCUCAGUGGUCCCCCCUCAUAGGAGUAACUCAUAGUUCAGACUAUCACCUCUGGCAAAGGAAUGAGUACGCCAGUAAUGGGGUGAGAGAGUUCUCUGAGAGAGCAGAGGCUUGGACCCUGAUAAAGGAAGUGGAGGCAGCUGGGGAACGGAUCCAGAGCGUCUAUGGCCUCUUCUCAGCGCCAGCUGUGGUUGGAGGAACUGGCCACGCAACCACAGAAUUUGAGGUCUUUGCAAGACACUCUUUACUAUCCUUCAUUGUUCGCAUUGUGCCAAGUCCUGACUGGUUUGUUGGAAUAGACAGUCUGAACUUGUGCGAGGGCGACCACUGGAAAGAAAACAUAAGCCUUGAGCUCUACCCCUAUGAUGCCGGCACAGACAGUGGUUUCACCUUCUCCUCGCCAAACUUUGAGACCAUUCCUCAAGACAAGGUCACUCAGAUAACCUCAUCAUUCCCAAGCCACCCUGCAAACUCCUUUUACUAUCCCAGAUUGAAGCAUCUCCCCCCAAUUGCCAAAGUUUCUCUAACUAAGAUCAAGAACAACCAGAUCUUCAGCUUACCCAUCCAGCCAACACAAUCCAAUCAGAUCCCAAGCGGGAAUGAAAUAGACGGGCCUCUUAUAAAUACCCCUCUGGAUUGCGAGGUGUCUGUGUGGUCACCUUGGGGUCUUUGUAAGGGUCAGUGCGGUGAGAAAGGGGUAAAACACAGAACCCGUUAUAUUCACAUGCAUCCUGCAAACAACGGUGCUCCCUGUCCAUCCCUAGAGGAAAAGAGGCUCUGUAUUCCUGACAACUGUGUGUGAAUAUAAAUCAGACGUGCCUCAUCCAAACGGAAGAAUCUGCAGCUUUAAAAUGAGACUUUUUAAAAGGGAAUGACUGGUUUCUGUAAGACUUUGAUGGGUGAUUUAACGAGCUUACUGAAACAGUCUAGGCCACAUUUCUCAACUUUAAAAGGAAACUGAAGUAUCCAAAGCAGAAAAAAGACAUUUUAAGUUCAUUGCAUAUAAAGGUAAAAUAUAAGAAACUGCAGAUGUCAUCAGCGAAAAAAAAAAAAUCUUCAAAACAGCAGUGAUAGCAGGAGUUCAACUGAUUUGUUUUCACUUUUUACACACUGUCCUCAUGCACUGUUCAUGGAGUCUGAUGCUCUCUGGUGGAAAAACUCACUCGUGACAUCAUCACACUCAAAAGCUGAAACACAUCUUUAGUUCAAACUACUCUGUUUUUGUCAAUAUAUGUUGCAUAAGUGGAUGAAUUCUGUACAAUAACUGCAAAACUGUAUAUAAGUUGUAAAUACAAAUAAAUAAAACGUGUUUCUUCUGAA